ACGAUCAUGGUUUCGGGACGUCGUGGAGAUUUCUUCCGCAGCCGAUCGCAAGCUAAUGGCAGCUACAAUAGCCAAUACGACCGUUUCGACGUCGAGGCCGGGAACGGAGGAAAGAAUCUACCACCACGCAAGCGAUUUCGAGAUGCGAUAGAAACCACUAUCAACAAAGGACGUGCGGACCAUCUGAAAAGGAAGCUUUUGGAGAGUGCUGAGCACAAGGAUUUGGAGAAGUUCAGAAAAAGCGAUGAAGAGCUCAAAGCAAUUCACAACAAGAAACUGCGUGCGUUUUACGAGGAACAGAACCGAAGAUUGGACGACUGGCUUGAAGUCGAUGCUGUCGUUUCUUCAGUCGCCGACGAUGUUUUGGAUAGCAUGGCUCCACGAGAUCUCGAUCAUGAUGGCGUAGCUGAGGAUCGUGGACCACUUGGUAUCAGCGAUGAGAGCGUUGAGUGUUUCCUCCCCGAGGAGGAACGCGAGAAGAGAAGGAAAUCUGCACGCCAUGUCAAAUGGGCUAUCAACAUCAAUGUUAUAGUGAACAUUCUCCUCCUUGCAGCCAAAGGCGUGGCAGCCAUCUGGUCAAACUCUCUCUCCCUCAUCGCCUCUCUCGUUGAUUCCGCGCUCGAUCUCCUCUGCACUCUGAUCAUAUACACAACCAACAAGCUCGUAGGCUGGCGACUAGAACGUCUACGAAAACAAUUUCCCGUCGGCCGCCGUCGUCUAGAACCUAUUGGCAUUCUGGUCUUCUCCAUAAUCAUGAUCGUCUCCUUCCUCCAGAUUUUACAAGAGUCGAUAACAAAGUUGCUCCCAAGCGGCGACCACACAACGGCAGACCUACCGCCUGCAGCCAUUUUCUCCAUGGUCGCUACAAUCGUCGUCAAGGGUACUAUUUGGAUCGGGUGCUCAAGGGUCAAAACUACCCAAGUGCAAGCGCUGGCGCAAGAUUGCAAGACCGAUGUUUAUUUCAACACACUAUCUCUCGCUUUCCCGUUGAUCGGCAAGCAGCUCGACGUUUGGUGGUUGGAUCCUGUAGGCGCAACGUUCCUCUCCCUCUUCAUCAUCUAUGACUGGGCAGGCACCUGCUUGGAGAACGUUACACGAUUGACAGGCGUGGCAGCGGACGAUCGUACAGCACGUAAGAUGAUGUUCAUGGCGUGGCGCUUCUCACCAUUGGUUCAAGGCUACAAAAUGGUCAAGAGCUACCACGCUGGCGACGGAGUGUGGGUGGAGAUGGAUGUUUUGAUGGAUGAGAAGGCGCCUUUGAACCAGUGUCACGAUAUCGCAGAAACUCUGCAAUACUGUACGGAGGGUUUGAAGGAGGUUGAUCGUGCUUUUGUGACUAUGGAUUACACUUCGCAGGGGCCUACUGGCCAUGCAGCCGAAGCCGGAUAA